GGCAUGCAUAUUCAGUCAGUCCGGUUUUACUUUUGUUUAUGGGAGGUGGUAUGACAAAGCAAGCAUAACCCAGAUUAGAUUCCUGAAUGGCAUUCAUUCAACUUUUGUCAGAUAUAAAUGAACCUAUCAAAUCAUAACUCUUAAUUUGCCAAUUGAUCUUUUUUUCAUCUGCCUGCACACAUAUACUUCAUUAACUGUUGCUAGAAAAGAAUGAAGAAGGGAGGAGCGUCUCUUUUCAUGAAGAACAUAAUAUCCCAAUUGAGCUCACUCGCAAAAUCCAAAUCGCUGGCUAUCAAAAGAAAAGUGGAGUCCAUCAAAGCUAGAGUUAUCAUUUGCUCCUUGUCCAAAAACAAGAAGCUUCCUUUGUCAAUCUCUCAUAAAAUUCAUGCAUUACUGCUUGGGGGCACAGCCUCACUGGAAGACAACAAUCAUAAAGUUUUCGAGCCAACUAAUAAUGUUGACAACCUUCAGCUAGUUUUGCAUAAAGCAGAUAGUUUGGGAGAUUGGUACCAUGAAGAUUAUGCUGCUGAUGAGGAGGAGGACAACAAAUAUCCAGAUCUGAGGCAUUCCCUCUUUGACCAAGAGGACGACCUUGACUUGGGCAACGACCCCAAUGCUUCUGUGAUUGAUUUGGUAAAGAAUUCCAUGGCAGAUGACGGUGAAGACUUUAGCUUGGAGGACGAGAUUGAUCAUGUGGCAGACCUCUUCAUAAUGAAGUUCCACAAACGAAUGAGACUCCAGAAGCUUGAGUCUUUUAAAAGAUAUCAAGAUAUGCUUGAGAGAAGCUCAUAAGUAACUGCUGUUCCUUCAUAUCCGCUUCUACAUGCAUUGAUUAUCGUCUAUAAUUCUCUUGAGGGUGGUUUUAAAUGUCUUCAUUAGGAGAUUAUCAUGAUGUAAUCUGUUGGCAAUAAUGGAGCUGACGAUAGUUGAUGAUCACGUGUUAGCUUCCUUGCUUCCUUCCCUUGGCUUUUUUAUGGUUUAUAUAUAAUAAAAGUAAUGUUGCAUCCAA